GGCGGCGUUCCGUCGAGCGGGCCAUAGUGUCAGCGGUGGCCCCGCUGGUAGGGGGGUACUCCCGGGACUGCUCCCGGCUGGGUUGCAGCUGCAGCAGCAGCGUCUUUGGGCCUCUUCAGCGCGGCGUCGGCACUCGGCUUCCUGGGCGUGGUUCUCCUUCUGGGCGUUUGCCCUUUUGGUUUGUGGGGUAUUUGGGGGGUUUCCAUCAGCCUGGGUGGCUGGGCAGCGGCCCCUUUUCCGUUCCCUGGAGCACUACUUUUGAUGCCAACAUUCUUUUAUUUGUUUGGUGGGUAGCAGGUGGGUGUUUGUGCUCAUCGGUGCCCUGGUGGGCCUGGCCUGGUUGAGAGUCAAAAGGCCUUUUCAAGCCUUCUCCUUGGGUGGGGGGCUCUGGUGCUUUCCUGGAUAGGAUUGAGUAUUGUUUUUGAUUCAGGACAAGGGCUUGGCUUUUGUUCUAUAUCCUUGCUACCUUCAUUCUGUGUGUGGUUGGCGCUUUUUUUUUUUUUUCCUCCAACCCCUUUUGGAAUCCCACUAUUUGGAGGCAGUAUGCCGGGGAAGGCCAAGGGCAAGAAAGGGGGGCGCCCUGUUAAGCAGCCCAAGAGGCCUGCUCCCCCGCAGUCCUCCUCCUCGGAGGAGGAGGAGGAGAUGACUCUGAUACGGGGGUUAAUUAAUAGGAUGGAAGCUUUAGAGAAAGCAAAAGCAGCCCCCUCCGACAAAGGUGCGGGUCCUUCAGGUGUGGGGGGGGUGCCUCCUCCUAAGGUCCCUCGGAGGACCAGGGGUUCUGUGAAAAGCCAGCUGCUAACUUCUCUCUCUAGUAGGCUGGCUGCGCUGGAAGAAGGGCUGAACCCUGCUGGACCGGGCCCUUCUGCUCCUGUGUUACCGCUUCCUGAACCUGAGUCUCCAGUUCCGGAGUCGCCUUCACCAUUGCUACCUCCGCCUGCGGCACCAGUUGUUCAGCCUCCAGUGGAUACGGCUACUCCUUUGGCCCAGGGUGCUGGCGGGGCGGCGGUCCCGGUCCGAGUCCUGAUGUGUGGCCAUUCGUUGGUCUUCUGGGCUUUCAAGCGGGCCAGCACCACCCGCUGGGGAUCCCAGUUGGGUUUAGGAAGCAAGGCUUCAGUUUAUUGGUUGGGCAUGAGGGGCAUGCUCUGGAAUCAGUUGCUUCCAGCAUUGAGGGAGCAUUUAGAUAGGUUUCCCAUUCCCGACAUCCUGGUUCUUCAUUUAGGGGAGAAUGAUUUGGGCCGGCGGCCUGGCCUCGCCAUCCUUCAGCAAGCCUCCUCGGAUUUGUCUAUUUUGCGCAGCUGGAUGCCUGGCGUGCGCAUAAUAUGGGUUAAUUGGCUCCAGCGCAGGGUGUGGCGGGGUGCUCAUUCUUGCCUUAGCUUGGAAAAGGCACGCAGGAAGAUUUCAGCCGCAAUAGGUAAAGUGGUUUUGGCGGCCGGGGGGUCUGUGGUGCGGCAGCCAGAUAUAGCUGCUCGCUUUCCCGAGUUAUUCCGCCCUGACGGGGUCCACCUGUCUGAGAAGGUUGUGAUUUGUAUCUGCAUAAUAUCCGGGAAGUGCUUGCUGAAGGUUUGGAGGGAGUGGGGCAGGAAGGUCAAGCGAGGGCUAACCUUCCUGGGUGGCGGUAACAGUGCGGGCUGUGGGUAAGGAGGUCUAGAUUUCGGUGAGCACCCUUGGACAUUUUAAGGUGGAUUGGUCAAUUGCUUCCUUGUGGCCUGUGCGGCACGGGAAGAAUUACAUUGCCAAGAAACCUGCUUCAGGACUUCACCUACCUUUGGGCUGUGCGGUCCGGGGAGGUAAAGAUCUGAAGCUGUCCAGAUCCCCUCUUCUAAAAGGGGUGGUUGGCUUUGAAGGAAUUGGGCGGGAGCUACCUGCCUCUUUCCUGAGCCAGGGUGUGUCGCCCUUGCAGGCGAUGGGUAGGACGUUUUGAAUCCUAGCCCACGCCUAGGUGCCCGAACUGUUUUUAUGUUGGUGAUUAAUCACCUUGUUUCCAGUCCGCCACAAAUGUUGUUAUAUUAAUAAAGCGUGGCCCGUUUCUCCCAUUAAAAAAUGUCUCUGUGUCUUCUUGGGCUGGGGUCUGGGUACAAUCCCCCUCCCCUUGCCUCGUGCAAGUGGGAGGGUGUUUGUCCCAGCCCGGGAUUCACAAGCCCAAGAAGAAGCCUGAUUGGUUGGCUGGCUCAUGGUGGGCGGGGCUUGCUGAGAGGCCGAGCGUUUCCCCGCUCUGGCCUCUCAGUCGGCUGUUUGUUUCCCCCUCCCUCCCUCCCUGUUGCAGAGCGGGUCUAGUGACUGGUCGCCUAUGGGCCGAGUAGGAAUUUUUUGCUCUCAACUUAUUGGCUGUUGUUGGGGGUUUUUUCGCCUACUCUGUUCUGCAGUCAGUUGGUAGUUAGGUUCUAGGUUGGCCACGUUGGCGGUAACAGUGCGGGCUGUGGGUAAGGAGGUCUAGAUUUCGGUGAGCACCCUUGGACAUUUUAAGGUGGAUUGGUCAAUUGCUUCCUUGUGGCCUGUGCGGCACGGGAAGAAUUACAUUGCCAAGAAACCUGCUUCAGGACUUCACCUACCUUUGGGCUGUGCGGUCUGGGGAGGUAAAGAUCUGAAGCUGUCCAGAUCCCCUCUUCUAAAAGGGGUGGUUGGCUUUGAAGGAAUUGGGCGGGAGCUACCUGCCUCUUUCCUGAGCCAGGGUGUGUCGCCCUUGCAGGCGAUGGGUAGGACGUUUUGAAUCCUAGCCCACGCCUAGGUGCCCGCACUGUUUUUAUGUUGGUGAUUAAUCACCUUGUUUCCAGUCCGCCACAAAUGUUGUUAUAUUAAUAAAGCGUGGCCCGUUUCUCCCAUUA